GCUGUCAUUCGGCGAAAACUAGUUGCAAAACCAACCAUUUCUCUGCUUCUGCUUUGAUUCUCCGUGCUUACUAUCAAACCAACGGAAAGAUGAUUGCAAACGCCGCCGUUCCCCGUUUGGCAUCUGUGGCCGCUCAGGCUCUGCAGCGCCGAACGUACUUCUCGGUUACUAGCUCCCUGCCGCAGGUUCGCGUAUCCCUUGGGGAAAAGGUCGUCCACGGUUUGGCCAUCUUCGGUGGAGUUCUCGCCUACCCGGUUUGGGUCGUAACUCACGUUCGCGAGUACAAGGGCAAUCACUAGGCGCAACGGGGAAACAUUCUAGUAAUAUGUAACAGCCGUGGUCCGUGUGCCUCGCAAACCAUCGGCGACCAGGCAUCGUCCACGAAGCUAGGCUACGAAAAAUCGAUUGUUGAUACCAAACACCAUCGUUGGCAGUAUGAAUAAAUGCAAGGAUGCUUGCGGACCAUAGCAA